UGCCAUUAGUAGGACGUAUUGAUUCGGCGUCAUUUGGGUUUUCGGCUUUGCGGUGUGAUAUUAUGUAGUGUAUGCUUACGAGAUUAUUAUUUGGUGUGUGGUUAUUAUUUUGUCUGUUCAACGCGUUAUUGUAGAAAGUAGUGCGUAGCAAAUACAACGCGACAAAAUAAAUGUCCAGAAACAUGACUUCAUCCGAGGCCUCGUAUAAUCGCAAGAUAAUUUCCGAAGAUUUGUCGAAUGUGGAAUUCGACACAAGUGAAGAUGUCGAAGUUAUUCCAACGUUUGAUUCCAUGGGCCUUCGUGAUGAGUUGCUUCGUGGUAUUUAUACUUACGGGUUCGAGAAACCAUCCGCUAUUCAACAAAGAAGUAUUAUACCAAUAGUGAAGGGCAGAGAUGUUAUAGCACAGGCUCAAUCUGGUACUGGCAAAACAGCGACAUUCUCCAUAUCUAUACUUCAGUCCCUCGACACAACUCUCCGUGAGACUCAAGUGCUCGUACUGUCUCCCACUCGCGAGUUGGCCACACAGAUCCAAAAAGUAAUCCUUGCUUUGGGAGAUUUCAUGAAUGUACAAUGCCAUGCAUGUAUUGGAGGCACAAACCUUGGGGAAGAUAUUAGAAAGCUAGACUACGGACAACAUGUUGUAUCUGGGACUCCUGGAAGAGUAUUUGAUAUGAUUAGACGGCGUGUACUGAGAACAAGAUCUAUAAAAAUGUUGGUUCUUGAUGAAGCUGAUGAAAUGCUGAACAAGGGAUUCAAAGAGCAGAUAUAUGAUGUCUACCGUUAUCUUCCUCCAGCCACACAAGUUGUUCUAAUAUCUGCCACACUCCCUCAUGAGAUCCUGGAAAUGACAUCCAAGUUCAUGACAGACCCCAUUAGGAUCUUAGUGAAACGUGAUGAAUUGACACUGGAAGGUAUUAAGCAGUUCUUCGUAGCUGUAGAACGUGAGGAGUGGAAGUUUGACACCCUGUGUGAUUUAUAUGACACCCUCACCAUUACCCAGGCAGUUAUCUUCUGCAACACUAAGAGGAAGGUGGACUGGCUCACCCAAAAGAUGCAAGAAGCAAACUUCACAGUGAGCUCUAUGCAUGGAGACAUGCCCCAAAAGGAGAGAGAUAACAUCAUGAAAGAAUUCCGAUCAGGGCAAAGCCGUGUCCUAAUUACAACUGAUGUGUGGGCCCGAGGUAUUGAUGUCCAACAAGUGUCACUAGUCAUCAACUAUGAUCUGCCUAACAACAGAGAGUUGUACAUCCACAGGAUUGGCCGCUCCGGUCGUUUUGGCCGCAAAGGUGUUGCCAUCAAUUUCGUCAAGUCCGAUGACAUCAGGAUUCUAAGAGAUAUCGAACAGUACUAUUCUACACAGAUUGAUGAAAUGCCAAUGAAUGUAGCAGAUUUGAUUUAAAUUGUAUGGAUCUAAACAAGCUACUAUGAAACCUUCAACAUUAUAUGCACAUUGGUGACAGUUAUUUGCAAUAAAUCACAAGUUGAUAUUUGUAAUGUUUAACUUAACAAUAAGUUUUUCUAGAUGUAUGUUGACAUAAUGUCUUAAUAUAAAACUAAAAUGAU